CGAAAGGGACUUGCAAGUGGCAAAGAGAUGACAGUGAAGAGGGUAAACACCAAACAGGGAUUGAAUUGAAUGGUAGUGUUAGUAAAACACAGGCAGACCCAGCCACCCAGAUAUUUCUCUUCUUCUUCUUCUUCUUCUUCUUCUUCUUCCAAACUUGGAGAGCUUCCAAGCACACAGAACAGAAAGACAUGUAUGGAACAGAGGCUUUGGCCAAAGACUACUGGGCAAACACCAACUCUCUCAGAAAACCCACCUCCCAUUUUAAAAGUAAUGUUUUUGUUCCUAAAUUCACGGUUUCCUUUAAUGUUAGACCUUCAUUUUUAAACUGUGGCUGUACCAAACUCGACGACAAGGCUGUCGGAGUCGGAAACGAUGCUUUUUCGGUAACGUCGUCCUCAAAGUAUGAUGUUGAUUAUCUGGGAGAGAGCACUAAAGGAGAUUUGAACCUCAACCUGGAGCAUCUGGAGUCUUUUGUUGAUGGCCAAUCAACCUUAGAAGGCCCUAUAGAGGAAGUAGCCAGGAUGGAGGCCGAAGAAGCUGAUGAUUUGCUCAGAGACUUGGGUAUCUCGAGUCCUUAUUCAUCAAGACAUUCACCCCGUGGUAUAUUUUGUAGCCGUACUUUGAAUCUCCGGUCAAUUAGUGCAAUUGGAUAUGACAUGGAUUACACCUUAAUGCAUUACAAUGUGAUGGCUUGGGAAGGACGGGCAUAUGACUACUGUAUGGAUAACUUAAGAAAAGUGGGUUUCCCUGUUGAUGGACUUGCUUUUGACCCUGACUUGGUCAUUAGAGGCCUUGUCAUAGACAAAGAGAAAGGCAACUUGGUUAAACCUGAUCGAUUUGGUUACGUAAAGAGGGCUAUGCAUGGCACAAACAUGUUAUCCACUCGAGCUGUAAGUGAGAUGUAUGGGAGGGAACUGGUGGAUCUUCGUAAUGAGAGUAGAUGGGAGUUUCUUAAUACACUGUUCUCUGUUUCUGAAGCUGUGGCUUACAUGCAGAUGGUUGACAGAUUGGAUGACGGAACUAUAACAGCAGAACUUUGUCCGCUUGAUUAUAAAGGGCUUUAUAAGGCCGUUGGAAGAGCCCUAUUCAGGGCACAUGUAGAGGGUCAGCUUAAGAGUGAAAUAAUGUCUAAGCCUGAACUGUUUGUGGAGCCUGAUCCAGAACUACCUUUAGCACUUUUGGAUCAAAAGGAGGCUGGUAAAAAGCUUCUUCUCAUUACCAACUCAGAUUAUCAUUACACGGACAAAAUGAUGCAGCAUUCCUUUAACAGAUUUCUUCCAAAUGAUAUGGGUUGGCGGGAUCUGUUUGACAUUGUAAUAGUCUCAGCAAGGAAGCCAGAGUUCUUCCAAAUGUCACACCCAAUGUAUGAGGUGGUGACAGGUGAGGGUCUUAUGCGUCCAUGCUUCAAGGCUCAAACAGGAGGCUUAUACUCGGGAGGAAGUGCUCAAAUGGUUGAGAAUUCCUUAAACGUCCAUGGGGAUGAGAUACUGUAUGUUGGUGACCAUAUAUAUACUGACGUAAGUGUAUCCAAAGUCCAUCAGCGAUGGCGAACAGCUUUGAUUUGUCGAGAGUUGGAAGAAGAGUAUAAUGCCCUGAUACAAAGCCGGGGUCAUAGAGCAUCACUGGUAGAGCUUAUAAAUCAAAAGGAGGAUGUAGGAGAUCUUUUUAACCAACUUCGGCUUGCUUUGCAAAGGCGAACUAAAGGAAGGCCUGCUCAAACCCGUGCUGCAACUAAUAUGAAUGAUCAAGACUUGACAGAAAGCAUGCAGAAGCUACUUAUUGUUAUGCAAAGACUGGACGAAAAAAUUGCUCCAAUGUUAGAAGCUGAUGGAGAACUCUUCAACAAGAGGUGGGGCUUUCUUUCACGGGCCGGUUUAUGGGAUAAAAGUCAUUUGAUGAGACAAAUUGAAAAAUAUGCUGAUAUAUACACAUCUAGGGUCUCAAACUUCCUAAAUUACACACCCUUUAUGUAUUUCCGGUCACAAGAACAGACUCUUGCUCAUGAUUCGUAUUCAUAUUACCAUUCCAAUUUUAAUGGGUGUGCCAUUGACAGCCAGGACAACUUUUCAUAAUAAUUCUUGAUGGUGAUUUAUUGUGUAUUAUAGGUUUUUGAAAUGGUCUGUAUAUUUCUGAUGGACUAAGUUGCAAAAAAGGAUGGAUAAUGAAUGUUGGAAAGGAUCUGUGACUGUGUUUGGCUGUUUUGCUUCUGACUAUUACUGUUAGUAAUAUCCCAAGUUAAUCCUCAGAAGCAACUUUAUCAGA